CGAGUUUUUCAGAUUCAGUCUAUUCAACGCUCUUUUACUGCCCGUUUUUUUUUUAUACAAUAUGGCGAAAGGAAAGAAAGCAAUGGGCCAAUUGGGUCGAGCUGUUAUCAAGUCUCGAUUCCAAGGACAAAAAGCAAUUGCUCUUGAUGAAGGAAAACUUCACACCACCGAAGUGGACGACGGACCAAAAUGGGUCAAGAUGCAAAGUAUUACUCAGGAAAACGAUCUUGAUGCAUUUCUUAGCACCGCCGAACUCGCUGGCACCGAAUUCACAGCAGAGAAACUCAACGUCAAAGUGGUGCAAAACACAUAUCAGAAUCCCUUCUUACUGUCUGAACAAGAAGAAAAGGAGCAGUUGCAGAAACAGGAAGAAAAUCUUGAUAAGUUAUCCGUUCCCAGACGACCCAAGUGGGACAAAUCAAUGACAGCAGAACAGGUGCAGCGAAACGAACGUGAAAGUUUUCUAAACUGGCGUCGCAGCAUGGCCAUGUUGGAGGAAGAUGAGGGCUUGCUACUUACACCCUUUGAAAAAAACAUCGAAGUGUGGCGACAAUUAUGGCGUGUCAUUGAACGAUCCCAGUUGGUCGUACAGAUUGUGGACGCAAGAAAUCCUUUGCUUUUCCGAAGUGCAGAUCUCGAGAAAUACGUAAAGGAAGUGGACCCGACCAAGGAGAAUUUGCUGUUGAUUAAUAAGGGCGAUUUCUUGACCGAGGAGCAAAGACGAGAGUGGGCCGAUUACUUUGACAAGCAAGGAAUCCAAUAUACUUUCUUUUCCGCCGCAUUGGCAGCUCAACGACAAGAAGAAGAAAAGGCGGCACGCGAGAAAGAGGAAUAUGAGAAGGCAUUAAAUGCGCAGCAAGCAGCUGAUGACAUUGACGCGGACGAGGACAGUGAAGAGGAAUCGGAAGAUGAAGCGCCGGAAAACGAAGAGUCAAACGAAACCACCGUCAAGGAUCUUGCAGAAGACGUUGCCAAUGUCAAUCUGGAAGAAGAAAGGUCCUCUACUCCGGAAGAUGAACGCACACGUAUCCGCACCACCACCGAUUUGCUGGAUCUGUUGAUUGAAAAAACCCCCAAAACUCAAGUUGAUGGAGAAGAGGAGCCAAAAAUUACUAUUGGUUUAGUGGGUUAUCCCAACGUUGGUAAAUCCAGUACCAUCAAUGCUCUUAUCGGUGAGAAACGUGUCUCUGUAUCUUCUACUCCUGGUAAAACCAAACAUUUCCAGACUAUCCACUUGACUCCAUCGUUGGUCUUGUGCGAUUGUCCUGGUCUUGUUUUCCCCACAUUUUCUACUACCAAGGCGGAUCAGGUCUGUAACGGUGUGUUGCCCAUUGACCAGCUUCGCGAAUAUACCGGUCCAACUACUCUUGUUGCCAAACGUAUUCCGCAAGCUUUGCUUGAAGCCAUUUACGGUAUCCGCAUUCGAACCCAGCCUACAGAAGAUGGUGGCUCCGGCAUUCCUACCAGUGCGGAACUCUGUUCCACUUAUGCCAUCGCAAGAGGUUUCUUCCGAUCCAGUCAGGGUAAUCCCGAUGAAGCUCGCGCUGCUCGUUAUAUUUUGAAAGAUUAUGUCAAUGGUAAAUUAUUGUAUUGCCACCCUCCUCCUGGUAUCGAUGAACAAGAAUUCAAUCGACGCUUACUUGAAAUGGCAUCCAAAAUUCAAAAGAAAUUGGCACCAUCUGUACGUGUACCUUCCACAGCGUUAAACUAUGUUGCCCCCGCGAACGGAUCGUCUGCGCAACCUGGCAGCAAGACGGAAGCGGUGGAUAAUGCAUUUUUCAGAAAACAUAUGGCUGCACCGAGUGUACGGGGGAAGUAUGCAGGUGCCAUGCGUGGCGGAUUUUCCCGGGUGACGUUGUAUCCUCAUCAACGUAGUGUGGCCGAUGAUGGUUCCGUUAUGCCGCAGGGCCGACGGGAAAGAUUGGCCAUGGUGCAACAAAUGGCCAUGAACGCUGGUGAGACGGUUCCUUCCAAGAAACACAAGAAGGGAAAGAAGCAUGUCAAGGUCCGAAGUGGUGCUGGCUACGAGAUCUAAAUACCUUUAUUUUUUUUCGUGGAUAAAAACUACAAAUAGUAUUUUUUAUUUUUAUUUUCUUUUCAUUGAAUAUAAGUCAUGAACUAGUUGAUUUGCAUCUUUAGACAACAUCCUGUAUUAAAAUCGUUUUUGUAUCAUUUUUCACGGAGAGAUUUCGCGCAGAAGCGGACAUCGCACCCUGCCCGUUAAUCAGAACAUAUCGCUAAAUCUGGUUCCAAUUUUACUGCAAAUGACAUGGC